AUGGGUGUUGAAAAAGCAAGGGGUCUUGUUUUUGGUGACUAUUCAUCAUUAUUUGACGAUCUUCGUUGGUAUGUUGAUGCCGCUAAUGCUUGCAAUCCGGUGAGUGUUUUUGAUAUGGAAUUUGAUAUUGAUAGUAAAGGAAGACAUUUCAAAUGCUUGUUUUUCGCUUUUGAGGCAUGUAUUCAUGGUUUCAAGUAUUGUAGGCCUGUGUUGAUGCUUGAUGGAACUUUCUUAAAAGGAAGACACAAAUGUUGUUUAUUGGCUGCUACGGCAAAAGAUGGUAACCAAGGUAUUUUGACUCCGGAGAGGGAUAUUGCGUUUGUUACUGAUCGACAUGGAGUGAAGAGUCGUGAAUCUAAAGAGUAUUUGCUUACUCUUUUUAGUAGAUGUGCAUAUGCUCCUACUAUUGAGUUGUUUAAUGAGUUAUUUGAAGAAUUUAAGGGUCGUAGUGCUGAGAAGUUUCUUGAGGAUUUGCCUGAUGAAUGUUGGUGUAACGCUUAUUUUCAAGGCAAGAGGUAUGGUGAAAUGUGCACAAAUGCUACGGAAUCUUUUAAUUCAUGGAUUAGGGAUGAACGCCAUUUGUUUUCAACUAGUCUUGUUGAUGCUAUACGGGUGAAACUAAUGGAGCAAUUUUCAAGAAGGAGAGAAGUUGGGAAUAAGUGGAAUCAUAUUAUUUGUCCUUUUGCAGUGAAAAAGUUGGAAGAAACUUUUAAUAAUACAAAAGCAUGGAUAGUUAAGAAAUGUAGCGAUGACAUUUAUGAAAUCCAAUUGAAUCAUUCAGUUAUGGUUGAUAUUGAGAAACGUUGUUGUUCUUGUCGAUUGUGGGAAAUUGAUUCUUUUCCUUGCAAACCACGAUUUUUGUGCUAUAAAGAGGAGUGGGAAGGAUCUGAAUUGCUUUCUUGA